ACUAGAAGAUCAAUAGCUUUUCUAUCUAACAGAAUACGGUGUUUGAUACUAAAAGCAGUUCAGUGUACGGUUUAAAUUCACGUGGAUUGUAGCAUUGGAAAUUAUCAUGAUAUAAUGCGACGUUUAAAGUCAGAAUUUCACAUGGAAUCCUUAUAUAAGGAUACGGAUUUUCAAUAAUAGAGGACGUCGAGAUAACAGCAUGCCAACCCCGAAGCCGUCCCCUCAGCAGUCGGACCCCGUCAGGUCCAUGCAGGAGUCCAAUGCCUUUCUCAGGGGGUACCUCAGUCGAAUCGAGGCUGUCAAAGAGAACCAGACAUUGGAACAACUCUACAGGGACCUCGAUGUCCAGUUGACAAAAUCCGCAUCAGCAUCGCGUCUGGCGCGAGCAUAUGCGGACAAACUGGUCUCAGCUUCGCAAGAAAGUGCGGCCAUCUUGGAAUCUAUAUCCGCUGCCAUGAAAAAGAGGAUUGAAGGUUUGCGGCCUAAAGAGGAGAAGGAGAAUGGGAAGCAGACGACGGAGGUGACGUCUGCGCGCGACGCAAAUGGUGGGUCGGAGAAGACGGAGAGGCCAGGGGCGAAACCGGGUGUGGUCGGCAAAGGCAGAGGCAAAUCACCUGUCUCCAAAACUCCCAACCGGACCCCAAGACAGCCCACGAAACCAAAAGCCAAACUGACUGAGCGGGACAUCUCCAAUGCCACGACUACUCUAUCACUGUACGAACUUCUGAUCAAAUGCUCUAACAAUGUCGACGAGCAGAUGAAGACCAUCCUCCAGGACGUUGUGGACACAGCGGCUGAUGCUGCCAAGGCGGUGUCAGGGCUUCAGACGGCGGCAGGAUUAGAGGUAUUGAAACAAAAAGUCGUCCGAGACAUGCCGGAUAUCGAAGCCCUGUACCGGAAGCAGUAUGAAGCCAUGAAAUCGGAGGCAAACACCGUAGCCAAGCAACAACAGGAUGAAGAGGAACAGAAAAGAAAGUUGGAACAAGAGAGAAAAGACCUUUUGGAGAGACAACGGCUUCAUGAGGAGGAAAUUCAACGACGCGCUCACGAAGAAGCGCAGCGACGAAUCAAAGAAGAAUUGGACAAAAUUAAGAAAGAGGCGAUGUCGGCUGACGAGAAGGUCAGGGAGGAAGAACGGGAGAAAAUCAGACAGGAGGAACGAGAGAAGAGACGAAUUGAAGAGGAGGAGGCGAAAAAGGCUACGGCGGAGAAGAAAAAGUUAGAAGAGAUGCAAAAAGAGAUCGAGGCAAAGAAGAAGGUCGAUGCGGCGGAACGGGAUCGACAGAGGAAGAUAGAUGACGAGAAGAGGAUUAAAGAAGAGGCAGAAAGUUUAAAGAGGAAUUCUGAACUCUGGCCGUUUUUCAUAUAUCCCAAAGACAAAAUGGAUCACGAUGAUGGUGUAGCCUGUAUCAUCCGAUCCUACCCUUCCAAGGUUGUGCCAGUCAGGCAGGAAGACAUCAGAGUUACAGUCGUAUCAGAUGAUGAAUACACCAAAAUGACGAGGAAUACGUUCGAGGCGGAGGAAGGAGAAGAACUGUGUAGUAGCGUUAUCAAAGUAGAGUCAAAGAAAGGCAACUUGAAAUUUGAGGUGCCGGCCCGUAUCGCCAUUCCUUGUAUUUGCUCAGCAGACGACAAGUACUACAGCCUCGUACUCAAUGUUCUGGACGAGCAUGGAAUCUGGAAUGACUGUGUCGGAGUUGAAACGAAGUUUACAGAUUUCGAGGGCGUUCGUUUCCUCGAGACUAACUUGUCGAGACUUGCUCCAAAGCUUUGUAUAGUGGUCGUAUCCCGUCUGAAGAAGGAUGAUCGCCGGCUCGCUCAUAUUGGGGGAACUCUCGCCUCAAAUGUCGUCGAAGGAGUCAGUCUCAUGUUCCCGAAAGGUGCACUGAAUGAGUCGCGACAUCUGGAAAUAUCGGUUGAACCCGUCCCGAAAGGUCGAGUAAAACAAUUAGAGAAAUUCAACGAUGCUUGCAGCAGCGUUCGGUCGACCGGUCCAGUGGUGCGAAUAGCCAACAUUGGAGGAAUCACAGAGUUCGGUCGGCCUGUCAUCGUCACCCUGCCCGAUGCGCCUUGUUCGGAGGAGAUCGAGGAUGAGACGGAUAGAUGCCUGGCUGAACUGAAUGAAGACGGAGAAUGGGUGGUUAGAUUAAAGCGGCGUAUAACUGUAGAAGACGGGAAAAUACGAUUCGAGAUCCGGUCACCAAGAUUUGGCUUCAUUGUAAUGAGAAUGGACAAGCCUCUCUCCGCCGAGGAGUGCGAAACUGCAGCCACCUGCAUAAGCAAUCACGUGAGAGACUACACAUUGAAAAUGGUGCUAAAACAGAAGUCCAGUGAUCCGGGGAAACUUGUAACGAACUGUGUGAUUGGUUGGAAGGCGGAGAAAUUCGGGUCAGAGGUCAAGGAUCAAGGUUUCGAUUCUGGCCCACCUGUUGGGCGAGAUUUUCUUGCGAAAGACGGUCAAAGGUUAGAGAUUCGUUUCCACGGGAAUGUAAAAAAUAAGCAAUACAACCAUGAAGUGAUUCCGUUAGUUUAUCGUCGGAAUAUGCCCGAUAUUUCCCGCAGGGAGUUCUCGAUCGAGGUCAAGAAUCCUCUCUUGCAGCACUUUAAAUCGGAAUACCAGGGGUUCAUUCAGGUUUGGCGCCACAUGGCGCUAGGUGAGAUCGAAAUGGAGGCAGAGAGCGAUGAAGUCGGCGAUGGUGACCCAAACAAGGGGUGGCAUCUUGUGGCCGAUUUCUCUGUUACUCUUCCAAAGACAACGAGAGCGUCUACGGUCAAAGGCACUUCAGAUGAUCCUCUGGAUGAGAUUAUUUUCGAGCAGUUAUCGAAUAGCAUGGAGAACUCCCAGCGCCUCCGGCUGAUGUUGAAGCUGGACUCGACGCAGGAAGGCAACGACGCCACUGCCUACGAUCCUUUGAGGUUCUCACAGUGGCUGUGGGAUUGGUACUGCAAGAUGAAGGCGCAUAAAAAGCAGAAAGAGCUGUUCGACCAGAUCAAGAAUGCCCUCAUGACGAGUGGAAGUACAAAGUUUGCUACUCAGUUGCAACAGUGGGGAGAUGUUUACAAAAUAGAGCGUGAUGCUAAUAUUGGAGAAGAAGAAAUUCUCGCCACAAUCCUUGAGAUGGCCAGCUCCGCCCAUAUCAUCAUCAUGAAUUGGAAAUACGUGGUGUCCCGGUUAGAGCCUCGGCUCCAGGAGACAGAUAUCAGCAACAUCGAGAGUUCUUGUGGCGAGGGUGCCAAAAAGGAGAAAUGUGUACAAGCAUUCAACCUGUGGCGAGAGAAAGUGGGUGGCGCCAUCCUGCCGGAGGCGUUUAUAGAUCUACUGAAGAACAUGGAGUACCACGCUACUGCAGUGAAGCUAGAGAACGAGCUGUACCAAAUGAGACAGAAGAUUCGUCUUGGACAGGAGGUAUCAUAAGAAAUCCUCGGCGAACCUAGAGGAGGCAAUGUGAUGAGAGUCACAUGAUUUCAGACCAUAUUUUGAACGGGCCGCAUCACAUGAAUGAAGUCAGCGAAUACAUCACUCUGUAGGGGUUGUGAAACCUGCCUUCCGAAGUCUUCCAAAGAUCACUCAAUCCUAACUCCUCGAUCCUGGAACUUACAGAACGUUGUUGCAGAAGUCACCGUCAAACAAAAUGUCCGUUCACCAACGUGGGCCUUCAAAUCGGGGACCAGUAUUCUCCAAUCAGGAGAGACCUAUCAUGCUUGCUCGGCGCAGAAAGCAUGGCCAUGAUUGGGUGCAGGGGAUCUGCAGGAUUGGCAGCCUAUUCGGAUGCAAUCCCAGUAGAUUGUUGAAGUGGAAAAUGGGUCAGCAGCGACAUAAAUUUUGUUCAUGAAAUACUCGUUUUGUACAAAUUUUAAAAUUCUUGAGCGUUCAAAUAGGGGCUUUCUCAGGGUAGUUCAUAUCCAAGAAAUUGAUUAUGACCUCAUACAGUAUUUCAUUCUUGUACGAUAAUAACACGUUGAUGUAAUAAAAGUAUUGUUUGAAAAUGUUGAUGUAUUAGAUGUAUCAAGUAUAGAUAAGAGAAGAAUGAACAACUCGAAAUGACCCCAUACAUAUCAAUAUUUGGAUGUAUUUAUGUAAAGUAA